AGGAUACCCUGAUCCGGGUCUCUCUGAGACUGGAUAUAGUUGCAUACAGAAGGGCACGAGGUCGUGCCCACACACAUACCCACGCGUACUUGAUAAAGAUGCGUCUUGUACGCUUUUCUAUCUCUGGUCCUCUUUUCCUUUUUUCCCUUUCUUUUCCAGGAUACCCCCAGGUCUCUUUAGAUGAAGUAUUUCAUCUAGACAAUUCGGCAAAACCAGACUUUCGCACGUGCACGAGCAAGCACUACGUACGAUAUGCAGGGAUUGCGCACACAUACCACACAAGCAUACAUGCGUGGCGAGGUAACUGGAGUGGUGCCGGCUGACGGGGUUUCUUCUCUGAGUUGGUGUCGGAGGCUGAAGGUUACGGGUG